GAAGUGUGUGUUCCUUCAAGAAGCUGAAAAGAGUGAUCCACCUCCUUGGUUCCUUCUGUUGCAUUUUUUGAUCAACAGAAGGUCACCGAAUUUCAAAAUUGACGGAGAAGUCAGUUUAUUUUUCGCCAGAGAAUCUAACGGUAGUAUCCUGUUAUAUUGAACUGGGCUCUGUGACCUGCAUACAUCGACAGAGUCGUGCAGUGAAGGAGAGGACCAAACAGGCUGUAUUUGGUCCAAAACGGCGACCUCGUCGCUCACACACUUGUUGGUGGCCUGUUCUCCUCCUGUGUAACACUGGCUGUACAGCCAUGGGACAAGUAGUUCAGGAUGUGACGCGUUAGCCUAUCCGAUCAGCCAUCCAUCAUGAAGGCUGUAGUGUUGUCCAUGGUGCUGUGGUUGUCGUGGGACGUUGUCCACGUGACCGGAAGUGAGUGGUACGUAAGCAGAAUAAGAGGAAGUGACAUAGAGGACUGUUUGCAUCCACAUCUUCCCUGUCGAACCAUCCGCCGUGCCGUGAAGAUAGCAAGAAGUGGUGACGUCAUCAAUGUUGAGCCUAGCAGCACGAGUAAUGACGUCUACAUUGAGUGUGUAUCCAGCCCAAUUAGCAUUAGUAUGAACCUGACAUUGAGAUCAUUGGAAUGGAAAAAUACAAUUUUCAAAGACUAUAACACCAGCAGUAGAGUAGGUAAACGUGCUAUAGUCGAUUGUCGAGGAGGAAGACUUGCUUUUGACAUCAAUAACUGUUCAGAGAGCAACGGGUCAUGUAAAGUCAAGUUUAUAGGGUUUGUGUUCCAAAAUGUGACGACAGCUGUGAAUAUCGCAGACAUGAACCUUGACAUCGUCUCUUCUACGUUCCAAUGUGUCCGCAACGAAAGCGAGAAAAUGUUUCCUCAUUGGAAAUACUGCAUACACAUAUAUGGGAGUAACAGUAGCUCCGUAUUCGUUACCAUCCGAGAUUCGGAGUUCCAAAACCUCGCCAUCGGUGCUCUCAAGGCGUCUGACACAAAAUAUUUGGAACUUUCGAACGUCAAAUUUUCGUCGUCUUCUCCGACGAAACCUCCAAACUUUGAGAGACCGACGUUCUCAUUGGUUGAUCUUUUGUUCUUCUACACACGAUCUGCUGACGUGGUCAUUCGUGACUGUGACUUUUGGAACAACACCAACUACGUAGCCGACAUCUACGCACGCGCGACGUCUUCUGAACAAUACAUUUCCUUCGCAAUCACUAACUCUAGGUUCAACUUUUCUGUAAAUCAGACCUCUAAACUGUGCUAUCCAAUGGCCCUUUAUCUGUGGCAACCCAAGCAGAGUGUGGACUAUAAAGGGGGUGUUGAAGUUUCGGUGCAAAAUUGCUCAUUCUUGAAUCACCCUGCUACAGUUUUCCAUCUACAGCAAAACAACGACUACGGCCCGAGGUUUGAUGUGGAAAUUCAUGUCGAAGACAGCCUCUUCACCUUCAUUCAAAGCGAAGCACAGCAGGAUAAAUGCAAACUGGAAAGGCAACAAAGUCACAUCCAGGUCGAGAAGUCUAAAAUCAUGUUUUCAAAUUGUAAAUUUGUGAAAAAGACGGACCUAAACCGCGUGCUGCACCUUACGUGGGCUGACACCGUCGUUCAAGGGUGCACGUUUGACAGCAAGGAGGCUAGAGGAGGGAACCUGAUCUAUUCAACUGGCGGAAACCUUCGUCUAGAAAACACCUCAAUUAUGUCUGCCAAUAGCAGUCAAAACAACAUCGGAGACGUUCUGUACACUAUCGGCCCCGGUAGUCUAGAAAUGGUUAACACCGUUAUAACUGUUGCCCACAACAUUCCGGGGAAUCUGAUCUUCGCUGCAGUGGAGAUGGGGCGGCUGGUUUGGAAUGGCUCGUCGCUGGUCUGUCCUCAGGGUUACGGGACGGAGAGUCUUACUUCCCGCGGGAGUACCAGCUUUUCGGCGGCCACCCUGUUUCUCUCCUGCAUCCCGUGUCCUUCCGGUCAUUACAGCGUCGAUUCAGGACUCUACGCGGGGGGUAUGAUGAACAGCAGUGACGUCACGCUGUCGUGCCAGGAGUGUCCGUAUGGAGCGCAGUGUGACGGCCGGACCAUCUCCUCGCUACCCAACUUUUGGGGAACGGUGGUGAGAAACUCGACUCUGGGGCGCAUAGAGAUGGUGCUGUGUCCUCCUGGGUACUGCUGCGCAGCGACGCCUUGCGAGAACUUCGACACCUGCAGUAACAACCGGACCGGCACGAUGUGUGGAGAGUGUUUGGAUGGCUUUACACUUCAAUUGUAUUCGGCUAGAUGCGUGCCUGUUGAAGACUGCCGACACAAAGACUUCUGGAUAUCUGUGGGUCUUGUGUCCUUUUCUAUCGGCACUCUUUUUGUUCUUUACCUGAUGGGCUAUGGCAUCCCUGCUUGCUGCAAGAAUUUAUCCAAGAAGAAAAGUAAGACACGCUUAGCUGCCCAUGUUCACUUUCACAGCAGCAUUUGGUCUAGUUUUACAAAAGCAUGUGCUGCUGUUCCCAAAGGUGCCCUUCUCUUCUCUGUCUUCUAUUUCUACCAGACGUUGUCACUGUUGUUGGAAGGCGACAGGUUCGAUUUGGUUGACGGAGAUCUGGACAGUUGGAUACGGAGUGUCCUGCAGUUCUUCAACCUGCGCAUCCCGUACUCACCGCCGAUACUGUGUCCGUUUGUCGACAUGACAGCUGCCGACAAGCUGCUGUUAGAGCUGCUCCUCUAUGUGGCUGUCUUAUACGUCAUCUUGCUCCUUCUCGCAGUGGUGUUGUACAUGACUACUCUGUGUUGCUGUAGAAGAAACUCAUUGACGAGAGACGCUCAUGGUGAAAAGAUGCCUUUAAAGUACCGAAUAGCUCGUGCGUCUACGUCCGUGGCAUCUCUGAGUCAGACCAACAUAGCGCUAUCUUGUUUCUAUCUCUUGCACUGUACAAAUCUUGAUAGUCACAAGGUCUUCUACUACAACGGGAACGUGCCGUGUGAUGCCCUGCGGUGGUGGCAGAUCGCUGCCAUCGCUGUGCUCUGUGUGCAAACCGUUCCUUUCAUCGUUGUUAUUUUCCUGCGGCCGUUUUGCCACAGAAGGUACGGCAUUGGCCUGGUUGGUGAGUUGCUGGCGUAUCACUUCCCAGUUGGCUUCAUAGGCUUUGUUUUUGUCAAGGCAGUUUGUGGCAACAGGCAAAAACAACGUCCAGAUCAACAGAGGCAACGGGGUCUGAAGUUUGUCACAAAUUACGUCGACUCAGCAUACGAAACAACCACGGAUGAGGCAGCACACGUCAACCCGAAAUGCGCGUUCCAAGCCGCCGACUUCUUGCUUCGCUUCCUCAUCAUUACCAUGAACGUGUUCACCAAAUGGUCCCCUCUGACUCGCGCCAUGGGCAACUUUCUCCUCACUACUCUGUACUUGCUACUUGUGUUCUUCGUCUCUCCCUAUGGGUAUACAGUUCUCAACGUCUGUGCUAAAGUCUGCUCGGUAGUUCUAAAUUUCGCAGCCGGGUCCCAGAUCAUGUACGCCGGGUUCCACCAGGCAGGGUUCGUGUGGACCCGCCCGGGUUUCCCGUUCUACCCGGUCUCCAUUCUUCUCGGGCACACGACAACAGUCCUACAGAUCGGAGGACCGUUCCUCGCGGUCCUGGUCGUUACAAUUGGCUGGUUAUUUCACUCGGAGACGGACGCAGAGAUAGAGCUGGUGGGACUUGUGAGUGAUGGUGCGGAAAGGAGGGAGUUGGUCAUGAGUAGUUUAGGUUCAGUCAAUGUCACUCCAGCUUACGGUGAGACCACUCCACUAGUAGUGCGGAAACGAUCGGAUAUUCCACGAAAAACAGAAAACUCCGAUUCGUCAUAAGAAAAAAACUCAUAGUAAGGUGAAAGGUGUAUCUAUCUCUUUGUGUACAGUGAAAAUUAUGAUUAUGUUGUAUUGAACAGAUUAUGCUAAGAAAUGUAAGGAUAUGUCAGGAAAAUAUGAGAUAUCAACUUAGAAUUUGUUGUAAAUAGUAAUGAUAAACUACCUCCAAAAUCAUAUCUUAGAACAUAAUGUAUAGGUGAUGUCUUCUAAGUACAAUUAUUUUAAGUAUCAACUAAUUUUGCUCAUCGCAAUGCAAAUGACACGCAAAUAUGUAUUUUACCAUAAUUAGCUUAUAUGUAAAUCGGUAUCUCCUCUUGUAAAAUCACAUAUCUUCAGGAUCCUAUUGUAGCAUUUCGUCAUUAAUUAUACAAAUGCUGUCGAAAUUACAAUAAUUUAUGCCACAUUGUAUUUAUCUUUAUCCAAACUACGUCUGUCACUGGUACGAUUGUAGCAUUAUCUAUUAGUAAGUAAAUGUAUGAUUAUUGCAGUCUCGAUGACGUCGGUUAUGCGACGUCAUGCCUCUAAUUAAGCUUUCGCUGCCCAGUUUUCGCAUCGCCCAAAAUCUGUGAAUGUCAAUUUCUAUAACCUUCAAAACAGCCGGAUUCAUCAUGGAAGCAUCCUAGCGGCCGCCCAAGAGGGAGAUGGGAAGAUCAGGUCUUCAGCACACUCCAGGAGCUGGGGGUCUCCAGAUCCGACUGGACUGUCCACGCCCAGUGUAGAACAACGUGGCGAGAACUGUCCGAACUGUCUGUAGCCGCCACGCAUCAACUAAUGAUGCAAGAUAUUGAUUAAUUGAUUGAUUGAUUGAUUGAUCUCGUUUAGUCGUGAGGGUGAUCUCGAUUUUUUUGUACGGUCCAUAUGGCCAGUUCGUUCACAAAAUUCCACCAGUGCCAGGGCGGGAUUUUGCUUUUUCUUAGUGAUCCAGUGCACCUGCAGUAGUGAUUAACCGUUCUUUUUUAUUUCUGAGUAUAGUCUGUGCCUUGUUUCAGGGCUUUUGAUUUUGUUAGUCA